AAGUGACGAUUUGUUUAUUUAAAAACGUAAGGAUUAAUUAUAACAAAACCAAAAAAAUUGUCUAGACAUUUAAUCGAAAAUUAUAUAUUAAAAGCAAAUAUUGUAGAAAAAACCUUCUAUGAUAGUUUUUAAAAGUGCGUCGCGAACGUUGCAUAUUUGGCACGGACGUCGGCAGCAUAAUUAAGGUGCCAGUCGUAAUGGUUUCCAAUACCACUUUAGCCAAGAUAGCGGCCUACGGAGGAAUUUUCGUGGUGGGGUCGGGGUACUUCAUGAGGAACAAGAUCGAAGAAGGCAUCAAGAAGUCAGACUUCUUCAGGGAGUCGAUGAAGCAGCUGCGCGCGAACCAGGGGGCCGUGUCGCUGUUCGGCGAGCCCAUCAGAGACGGGCGGCUGAACCUGGGCAGCACCGGGACCAACUUCUGCGACGGCACGCGCGCCCAGUUCCAGGUGCCGGUGAAGGGCCCGGCCGCGAAGGGGACGCUGCACCUCUGGGCGGAGCGCGAGACCCACGAGCAGCCCUGGGACGUGUACAGACUCGAGCUGGAGCUGAAAGACAUGCCGGACAAGCGAGUGGUGCUCCGGAACAAGCCUUCCAAGUGUGGCAGCGCGGAGGAGAGUUCCCCGAAAACGUAAAACAAAACGCGCUAGAUGUUAAAAUUGUACAGAUUGUUCAAAGUAGCUACCUGCCUGUGAUGUAUAAAAUUCAAAUAUAUUUAUUUAUAAAAA